UAGAAUCUUCAUUUAUUUUAGGAAAGUACCUCUUCUAGAACAGUUAUUGUGAGGUAACCUCAGCGACUUUACUUCUACACAAGACGAUGAACGACAUAGAAACUAUAGAUUUUAUGUAGAUUUCACGAGUGAUAUGAUUUAUCACAGAGAUGGGGUUUGUUUGAAGGCCUCCUGGCGCAGAUAAAAUAUAAGAGACUUCCGAGUGUUGAACAUCUGCGACAACACUGCACAACUUGAUUAACGCAGUCAUAAUGCUUCGUCUGUGUUAAAAACUCUUAUACCCGUGGUGAAGAUGAAAUAUAAAUAACACGAAGGUAGGGAAUUUAAAAGUGCAGAUUUUUGGAAGAUUAUUUCCAGAUGGCGGAGAGAUGCAGUACAGAAAGAGCGAGGAAUUCGGAAAUUUAAGGACUGAGUGCACCCUGGACGACCCUGCAACAUCCCCUAGAUCAAGAUAACGGUCGAUUCCACUGGGCCCUGAAUGCAGGUAUCUCGCCAAGACGGGAGACAGACAAAUAUACACUCAGACCCUGAAACUGACUUCAAAGGAGAUUCCUCCUCUCCUGGUGGGAUCCGGUGUGUUCUAUAAUCAGUGACGAAAGAGGAGUUUUAAUCAUUCUUAAUUUAGUGAGAUACCAGUUAACAGGUACGAGUUGCUGAGAGAAAAAAAUCUGAUUGGACUAUCAUAAUAAAUGACAGUUCGUUCUACAUCAAACUUUGGCUGCGAAACAACAUUCGUUAAAAAUUGAUGAUUCUAAUGAAGGAUAAAUGAGAAUUUCCAGUGACGGAAGGUCUUGAUAAUAUAAACACGGUAUUCAUUCUACAGAAUACGUUUGUCCUUUACGUCUCAAGGAGCUGAGAAGGAUUUUUCAAGCUGCUCUUUGCAGAAGCUGUCAUAAUUGGCAACGACCGACAUUUUUAUUGAACGGUGUCAAAAUUGCAGUUAAAGGGCAGCAUCGCUACUGUAUAACAUCCUUGGGUAUUAAUAUCAUUACGCCGAAGGUGUUCAACUCCCCCAAAUAAAACUCCUGUUUGGUAUCAAAUUGUGCUGGUGUAAAGACGGUGAUUUUUCGUCUAAAGAUCCUGGGAAUGAUUAAUAUAUUAUGGCAUCUCGGCAUAUCUCCUUACUUAUCAGGAAAGCCAGUGUUUAAGAUUAAAUUGCCAUUUAAUAUAACGCUUAUUGCUUUUUUGUCAGCAAUUAAUGAUAUGAAAUUUGUUGAACAUUACAUUUUUUGUGUGGAGGAGAUUUAAGUGAUAAAGAAGAUAAAACUUGUGUCAACGACAUUUCGUACCGGAAGGGUUCGUAUUUUACCAUCUCUUUUUUAUUUCCGUCCCCCGUUGUCUGAAUGUAUAAUUUGGAUGUGAUGUUGCUGAACAUUCACAAUGACACCACGUCACCGGACACGACAGUAUUGUGUAACGAUACCCGCCCUCGUGGAGUAUUAUACAGAAGUGAUUUCCGUAUACCAGUUAUUGUGAUAUUAUCAUGUGUCUUUGGACUGACAAUCUUUGGAAACCUCCUCGUCAUCAAAACAGUGGUAAAACGUCAUCAAUACAAACAAAGAACUAACGUAUUCGUCAUCUCCUUGGCCGUUGCAGAUCUCUCUGUCGCCCUGUUUGUGAUGAGUUUCUCUAUUUUACAACAAUUCAGUGAUUUUGAUUGGCUGCAUCACAAUGUGACGUACCUUGUAUACUGGGGGUUUGACGUCAUGUUCACCACCACAUCGAUUUUACAUCUGACGUGCAUGACGGUGGACCGUUACGUUGCCGUGACUCAGCCCUUUCGAUAUUUUAAAAUUAUGCGGAAGAAACGGGUGUCCUUCCUGCUUUUUCUGUGCUGGUCCCUGCCAUUGGUGAUAUCUCUCAGUUUGAUGAUGAUCAAAUAUGGACAGUUAAGCGUCCCGCCAGAGAACUGUCAAAUUACGAACAUUCUGAAAGUGAACGCUCUCUACGCCAUCCUUGCAUCACUCGCUUCGUUUUAUUUACCAUCCAUUUUCAUGAUUAUUUGUAACGUAAAAAUCUUCAGAUUCAUAAAAAACAGAGGUAAGAAACUUCACGAGCUUACCUCAAACUACGUGAAAGACGUUCACAGGGAGCAACAAAUGCAAAAGGAAGUACGCGUGGCGCGGACGAUCGCUAUCCUUCUCGGUUGCUUCCUGGUCUGCUGGCUUCCGUUUUUCACCGUUAACAUUUUGGAACCAUUCUUUGAGAACAAGUUACAUGAAGGAGCCUGGGUAGCGAUCACGUGGUUGGGGUACGUCAAUUCUACAGUCAACCCUUAUUUGUACUAUUAUUUAAAUCGAAAGUCUAAGGAGAAAAAACAGAGUGAGUCUUUAAAGUUCUUGAAGAGUAAAAUGCAUCUUCUGGAUAUCAUUCAGCCCCGGAGAAAGGUUUAUUCGUUACCAAAUGAUGUGAAUUGUAACACUCGGUUGUAAGUUGACAUGAACAAUAAAAUAUGAUGCACAGUA